AUGGCGGGCACGAAGCAAGAGACCAAAAACUCCAUCACUUUGAAGGGCUCUGCGCAAUUAGUUUCGGAGUUUUUCUUUCUAGACCUUAUGGCAUUGAUUAAGCAUUAUACUAAGGUUCUCUUGGUAACGCAUUCACUAGAAGAAGUGUUAGCAGGAGCGUCUCAGAAACUGGGAAUCAGAGCUACACACCUGUACACUCCACAAGGCGGACUUAUAGAUGACCUUAGACUUAUCAGAGAUGAUGACAUCCUGUAUGUGUCUGAAGGCGAAGAUUUUGUACUUCCUCUGCAACCUUGCCCGGGUGUAAGACCUCCAGGUCACGUGGGAACAACCCUCUCCCUGCAGUCAGUGGCUGGACCUUCUUUAACGUGUAGUGGGGUCUCCUCAACACAUGAUUGGGUCACCCUUAAUGUUGGAGGCAGAAUCUUCACCACCACGAGGGCAACACUUGUUACCAAAGAACCUAAUUCUAUGCUUGCAAAAAUGUUCAGUUGUGAAGACAAGCACCUGUUACCUAGCAACCGAGAUGCACAUGGAGCUUACCUCAUUGACAGAUCGUACACAUAUUUUGAGCCGUUACUCAAUUUCCUGAGGAACGGGACUUUAAUUCUUGAUCCAAGCAUAAACCCACAAGGUGUGUUGGAGGAGGCUCGCUUUUUCGGAAUAGAGUCGGCAAUUCCACACUUGGAGGCACUGACUUGCGCACAGGACGAAACUCCAGAUGUUGAGCCGCUCACCAGACACGAUGUUGUUAAAGCUUUAAUAUCGACGCAUCACAGAGAUGAGCUUAGGUUCCAAGGUGUCAAUCUCAAACGAGCUGACCUCUCCAAGCUUGACCUCAGAAAUAUUAACUUUAAGUUUGCAGACCUCUCCCAGUGCAACUUGUCAGGUGCAAACCUGAAUGGCUGCUGCUUGGAGCGUGCAAAUCUGUGUGGCGCGAAUUUAGAGGGUGCCCAGCUACUUAAUGUCCGCCUUCUCUGCGCAAAUCUCGAGUCUGCAAAUCUCCGAUCUUGUAAUUUUGAGGAUCCAGCAGGAACUCGCUCAAACUGUGAAGGAGUAAAUCUCCGAGGAGCUGUGCUAGAGGGCAGCAUGUUGGCCGGUGUAAACCUGCGCGUUGCAACAUUGAAAAAUGCAAAUCUGAAGAACUGUGAUUUGCGGGGUGCUGUCCUUGCUGGCGCUGACCUAGAGAAUUGUGACCUCUCUGGAAGCGAUCUGCAGGAAGCAAACCUGCGUGGGGCAAACCUGAAGGACGCAGCUUUCGAGCUUAUGCUGACGCCUUUGCACAUGUCCCAGACAAUGACGUGUGAUCUGUAACUGUGUGGGUCCGGCAGCUCCAGCUGACUAUCAACUGCCAGAUUGAUUAUGAGGAAGGGAAGCAUACCCCAUUGGUGUUGGGUACAAGCACUAUCCACUGUUUUUUUUUUAAAUUUUACUAUUAUUAUUAUUUUUUUUUUACAUGCAAAUGGCUCCAGAAACAUGAACUGUUAUAUACCCCAUUCCCUGUUUUUUUUUUUUUUUUCUUUUUUUUUUUAAGUUUUAUAUCUAUUGAUAUCCUAAAUCCAAAAAAAUCAAGGAAUGGGGCAACUAGGUAAGGUCAAAUAAGCUUAGUAAUUGACUCCUUGAAGACGUGCUUCUAGAUCCAUAUAUAUGUAAAAAAAAAAAAAAAUUAUAAAACAAAAUCAUAGUGGACAGUACAUGUAUACAAUGACUGCCAGUGUCAAUGGAUUUAGAAGUGAUAUUUGGUCUAAUUCCCUUGCCAGUUUGUAUUAUUUUGCAUUUAGCUUUAAGUGAAGCAUUAUUCAGGCAUUGCUGAUACUCCAGUAUAAUUAUUUAACCAGCAGUCACUCAGUGCUUCAAUGAUACUAAAAAUAUAACUAUGAGAUUUGUCUGUAAGUGUUUGUGUGUAAAUGUGUUAACCCAUUGCCGCCGGGGAAUAUGAAGAAAAAGUGGGGAAAAUGCUGUGCUCAUUUUUUAUAUUUUUUGUAUAAUGUGUCUACACAUAGAUAGCUCUGCCUUACCUGAUUUUACCUUUCCUUGAAUUGGUGGGAAAAUGUGAUUUUUACUAGUGCUAUGAAUAUCAGUGGUGUAAGUUUUACUAUAAACAUUAUAAUUACUAUAAUGUUAUAAACAUUAGUAAUGGCAAAAUAAAAUAAAAUAAAGGGUAGACAGGGGAAACAGGCAGCACUUGUAAUUGGCUUAUUGGAGACUUAGUACAAGUGUAGCCAUCUAUGUGUAUAAACAAUUAAACAAGUAAACUCACAGUGGGCAUGGCAUGGUCGUACGUGACAUGCCUGUCGUGAAUGGGUUAAGUGAGAAAAUUUAUAUAUAUCCCUUUUUAAAAAUACAUUAGAUCACAAAUUACAACAAAGUUCUACCAAUGAGACAUAGUAAUACGAUUUGAUUCUACUUUUUUGACUGAAAAGCCAAAAAAAAAAUAUAUUAUUUGAUUUUGCUUGUUGUCGCUUGUGACAUGUGUGUAUGUAGAACUGCACGUCAGAAUAGAAGUGAACAAUAGAUUAAGACAAAUGGAAUACUGUAAUCCUAAUAGGCAGUUAUCCAUUUUAUAAGUGUAUUCUGGUGCUAAAAUCUAAGUUCAGUUUUUUUUUCCAAAUGUCAAACUGAGUGAGAGACUGUAAUUAAUUUAACUCUAUCCAUAUAUCCUCUAUAUAUUUUUGUUACAAGUAUUGUUUACGUGACUGUAUGUAUACUACAUACUACUACAUUGCUACUGCCAUUUUAUAGUGUGUUAUACAGUCAUUUGCUUUUAUUUAUGUUGUAUUUGUUCCACAUACAGUGAUAUGAAAUAGUGUACACAAAGUGGAUGUUCUACCGAGUUGAACAACUCCUAUUUGAUCUACAAUAAAACUAAAAAAAA